UGAGAUGACGGUUAGCUUGUUUAACGAGCAUUUCAAAAACAAUUUAUAUUAUUUUGUUUUUUUAUUGGAUGACUAAAUAUAAAUACAUGAGCUUAAGUGGUAUGAGGUAUUUUCAAGUAAUUUGAUUUUCAAUUGCGGUAAAGAUAUAUUGUUAUUUUACUUACCGUACACUUUUCACUCCUUGGGUCACCACCAAUUUAUUAAAAAGACGGAUAAUUUUCUAAAAUUAUCCAUUUUUACAAAUUGUGUCAAUAACCUAUAUAAAAAACAAAGAACUGCAUAAGAAAGGCGACAGACUUAAGGUUUUUUACUGGACAUACAAAAAGAAGAGAAGACUGAAAUGAAUGGAAUAAAAUAUUGUAAAUGUUUUUGGUUUUUAUAUGUUUCCCACUUCGCCAUGUUGUCCAUCAAAGCAACAAAAAGGGAAAGAAACGAUUCUCAAACCUGCAUUACAGAGUGGACACCGCGAAACAUCGAUAAAUAUGUAAUGCUUUUUGAGAUUGAAUGCAGAAGUGAAAUCACAAAUAUAUUGUGGAAGAGAAACAUUACUGCGAACCAGCCUGUGUCCUGUGGUAAUGUCAGUACAUCACAAGUGCAUUCAGUAAUAAUUCGAAGAGUAUUUAUGAAAGAAAAGGGUGGACAACUAUUGUAUAACCCUGCGUUAAACAGAAAUGGUAUGAGAGCUAUUUGUGUGUUUGUUUGUUUGUUUGUUUGUUUGUUUGUUUGUUUGAUUUUUGUUUGUUUGUUUGUUUGUUUGUUUGUUUUUCUGUUUGUUUGUUUUUUUGUUUUUUUCUUUGUUUGUUUGUUUGUUUGUCUUUGUUAAAUUGCUAUUGUUGAGUUAAAUGAUUGAAUUAUUAAACUGGUGCUCAAAAAAACUCGCCCAAGCUCUAUUUUUUGCCUAGUUAGAUAAUAUCCACUUAUUACAAAGAUUAAUAUUUCGAAGGAAGGAUACACGAGAAUUUACUGUUUCUUUAGAUCAGGAAAAAGAUAACACUACUCUUUUUUGCUGGCAUUAGCAAUGCAGAUUAAAAAAAAAUGCCGAAAUUUAGUUUUUUCGUUACCUGUAAUGUGUAGAGGUUAACACGCUGAUCAAAAUAAUGUAUAGGAUCAUAUGUUUUGACGAACGCCUAAGGGUUUAAAAAUUUUGCUGACGUCAGCAAAUACCCGCCAAAACACAAAGAAAUUUGUAUAUCUGUUGCCAUCAAAAAAAGAUAAACACAUCCACUAUGACCGUCACACACACUUCGUAUUAUUAUAUAAGAAGAAGAAGAAGAAAAUACAGCCUAGCAUUUUGGCAGAUAAUGUCUAUCAGGAAAAAUUUAAGACCAGUAAGUGUCAUUUUCCAUCCUGAAUAUACUUUCGUGUAGUAUCAAGUCAUUUCAAUUUUUUUUUUUACAAAUUUCGCUGUACAGCCUCGCGUGCAUUCAAGGAAGCCCCAUAACCACUCUGUUUUGUAGGAAUUUCAGUCUGUGUUCAUGAAAACCGAUGUCACUGUAAAAACACUUCAAGAUCAUUUGAUAAUCUAUUUUCUCACGAUAACUACAACCUGACAACGAAAAACUGUAAUAAAAUGAAUAGGAAAUAAAUUUAACAAAAUAAAAAAGUACAAUCGGUUUUGAGUUUAGAAACAAAAUGAUUACAAAUCACGAGAGAAGAAACUUUUCGGAGCUUGAAAUCUUAUAAAAUCUUGAAAACAUGAACUGCUUGAGCUUCAAAAUUUAUAAAUGAAAUAAAUAAUAGAUUAUUAGAGCUUUAAAGAAUAGAAAAACAAACUUUUGACCUUGAGUUUAAGUACUUAUCGGAUAAAGUAAAAUAUA